AGCCGCCAUUUUGGGGCGACCCAAGCGCCGCCCGUGGCGCCGAGAGGGUGUACUCUACUGCAGGCCGGCCCGCGCUUGUCCGUCGGCGUCGCGCCCCGGGCCGGGCCCAUGAGCGUGCGGCUCGCGCGAGGCCGCCGGGGGUCGCCUCCGCCAGCGCCCUGGCCUCAGCCCAGCUCCGAGGGGCCGCCGCGACGCCCGGGCCGGGGGGCAGGCAAAGAGAUUAUACAGAAAUCUUCCACUGAAUGAAAAAAUUUUUUCUUGAAAGUUGCAUGUACUCCUAGAAAAAUCCCCAAAUGUUUUUAUGUUUUGCCUAACUACAAGAUUUAAACGACAAGUCUCCACUGAAGCCCCGUGAGCCACCACCAUGUUUUGGAAGUUUGACUUGAACACCACCUCCCAUAUUGACAAGCUGCUGGAGAAGGAGGGUGUGACGCUCCGCGAGCUGAUGGACGAAGAUGACAUCUUGCAGGAGUGCAAGGCCCAGAACCGGAAGCUGCUGGACUUCCUGUGCAGGCAGCAGUGCAUGGAGGAGCUGGUGAGCCUCAUCAGCCAGGACCCGCCCCCGGACAUGGAAGAGAAGGUCCGCUUCAAAUAUCCAAACACAGCCUGUGAACUUCUGACUUCUGAUGUGCCACAGAUCAACGAUAAACUGGGAGGGGACGAAACCUUGCUGAACCUUCUCUAUGACUUCUUGGACCACGAGCCUCCUCUCAAUCCUCUGCUGGCCAGCUUUUUCAGCAAGACCAUCGGCAACCUCAUCACAAGGAAAACCGAGCAGGUGAUUGUGUUCCUGAGGAAGAAGGACGAGUUCAUCCCACUGGUGCUGCGGCACCUUGGCACCUCGGCCGUGAUGGACCUGCUGCUGCGCCUGGUCGGCUGCGUGGAGCCAGCCCGUCUCCGGCAGGAGGUCCUGCACUGGCUUAAUGAAGAAAUGAUAGUUCAGAGGCUCGUGGAGCUGAUCCACCCAGGGCAGGAGGAAGAUAGGCAGUCCAAUGCAGCUCAGGCUCUGUGUGACCUCGUCAGGCUGGGCAGAGACCAGGGCAGCCAGCUGCAGGAGGCCUCAGAGCCCGACCCCCUCCUCGCGGUUCUGGAAUCGCAGGACUGUGUGGAGCAGCUUCUGAAGAACAUGUUUGACGGAGACCAGACCGAGAGCUGCCUUGUCAGCGGGACGCAGGUCUUACUGACCUUGUUGGAAACGCGGCGGGCUGGGGCAGAGGGCUUGCUGGACACCUUUUCUCAGGGAUUUGAACAGUCACACCCCGUGCACAGCAGCAUACUGCACGGCAUCGUGCCACGACUGAAGGACUUCCACCAGCUUCUGCUCAGCCCACCAAAGAAACAAGCGAUCUUGACGACCAUCGGCAUGCUGGAGGAGCCCCUGGGUAAUGCCCGUCUCCAUGGUGCCCGCCUUGUGGCCGCCCUGCUGCACACCAACACCCCCAGCAUCAACCAGGAGCUCUGCCGGCUCAACACCAUGGAUCUGCUGCUGGACCUGUUUUUCAAGUACACCUGGAAUAACUUCCUGCACCUCCAAGUGGAGCUGUGCAUAGCGACCAUCCUCUCCCACGCUGCCCAGGAGGAGAGCGCAGCAACCAGUGCGGCCGAGAGCCAGGCAGACCCACCGUCUGAGAACAGGGACACGAAGAACCCCCAGCCUGCCGCCAGCCACCCUGAGGACACGAUGGUGACCCAUCUGUUCCAGAAGUGCUGCUUGGUGCAGAGGGUCCUGGAAGCCUGGGAAGCCAAUGACCGCACGCAGGCAGCAGGAGGCCGGCGGCUUGGGAACAUGGGCCACCUCACCCGGAUCGCCAACGCGGUGGCCGAGAGCCUGGAGAGGGUCCCCGUGCAGGCCCCCAUCAGCGCAGCCAUCCGAGGGCUGCCUGAGGACUGCCGCGGGCGCUGGGAGAGCUUCGUGGAGGAGACCCUGCCGGAGGCCAAUCGGAGGAACGCCGUGGACCUGGUGAGCACCCACCACCUCCACUCCUCCCGUGAGGAUGAGGACCUCGAAAGUGCCUUCCCGAACGAGCUCACACCGCCCCUCUUUCUGCCCCAGGCCUUCUCCGAGUACCAGGUCCAGCAGAUGGCGGCCACCUUUGUGGACCAGUUUGGCUUCAAUGAUGAAGAGUUCGCCGACCAGGACGACAACGUCAACGCGCCCUUCGACAGGAUCGCGGAGAUCAACUUCCACAUCAACGCGGAGGGCGACGGCCCUCACGCGUCCCUGUUUGAGGCCUGCUGUGGUGACCGCAUCCAGCCCUUCGACGACCCCGAGGACGACGACGACCUCUGGGAGGACAGGGGCCCGGAGCGCGUGGCCCGGGGCGUGGCCAGAGCCAGGUUCGGAGCCGCCCAGGCGUCGGGGAGCUGCUCCAAGCCUGGCCUCGAGCGCGGAGCUCAGGAUGGUGGGGCCAGCCCACCAAUCCCUGCUCAGGGGGAAGGCCCCCGCGUGGAGGGUGAGUCGGAAGGGGCCGGGUGGAUGGCAGCGUUCAACGAGCCACCGAGCUCGGCACCACCAGCCCUGGCCACCGCCGUGGACGUGGGCUCCAGCGUCUGGGCGGUCAGCACCCCCCACACUGCAGCUCCAGAGGAGAAGGGCUGGGCCAGGUUCCCCGGCUGCUGCUCUGAGGCUGGCCCCCGGCGCAGCUCUCCCAUGGAUGCUCACCGUGUGGCCGCUGAGGGACCCGGGAGCCCGUGCCCCCAGGAGGCGUUUGGCGUGACCUCCCCAUGUGCGUGGAAUGUCCGCUCCCCCAGGAAGGCCCCCCUGGUGGGCUCGGACAGCAGCUCCUCUGGGGGCUCUGACAGCGAGGACGACGAGAAGGAGACCCCCCUGCCGACCACGGCGGCCGGCUCGGACGGGCCCGUCGUGUGCAGGUGGGCAGGGCAGGUGGGCGGGCACCACGGGCAUCUCGUGGGCUGGAGUCUCCCGGACGGGGUUGGGUCCAGCGCUCCAGCUGUGCUCGUGGAGACUGCCUUGUCCUCUGUGACCUCGUGACACCACCCGUCCUCUGGCUCCCCCUGCACCUGAGGACCCCGAGGCCAUCACAGGUGCCCCGGCCUCGCGGUGGCUUUGGCUUUGCCACCAGGCUAGAGGGGAGCCAGGCUGAUGCUGAAAAUGGUGUUUCCUUCUGCAAGUAGAAGCAACAGGGAAGUGUGGACUUUUUCUCUGCCUUCGGCACCUUUGUAAGGAGGCAAAGCAGUGGGGUCAGGGCGGCUUCAGGGCUUGCGGCCCUCAGCUUUGUGUUUGUGCAUCAAAGUGGCAGCUUUUAGGCUAGAAAUGGACACAAGGUUCCUGAGUUGGUUCUAAAAGUCAUUUAAUUCCCUCUUAAAGUUCAGAAUCACAAAAAUUCCUAAAACCUUUGUCCUCUUUUCAAAAACACUCCUAAAACUUCGGUAACUCUGCUUUGUAAAGUAGGUGACGUCACUUUGCAAACUCCUUUUGCACGCGGACUGGCACGUGGCGGCUGUGGCUGGGGCCGCGCUUUACUGGCCCCGCCCCAGCCACGCCCCCGGCCACGCCUCCGCCCAGGUCCCGCCCACCCGCCGUGCUCUCUCGACUCCAGCCCCAGCCGAAGGCAUUUUGAGCCGCCGCACCUGCCUCUCGUGCGUCCCUGAAGGCAGCAGGCUCGAGGGGCCACUCGGACCCCAGAGCCCCGCAGCCCCUUGAGGUCCGUGACCCAGAGCAGGUGAGGCACCACCGGGGGUCUCCUCUGAGGUCCUCAGUGACCCUUCCACCUGGCCUCUGGCUUCUCGGACCUGGCGCUCAGGGUGGCUGCUGCGGCCGACCACGCCCGAGGGGCCCAGGACCCUCCUCUCCUGCAGGCCAGUCUCGUCUGCGCCUCCGUCUUGGGAUCACCCCGAUACCCCCCAGCACCUCCUGGGUCCGCUCGGCUGCUGCUGUGCAGGCUAGGAGGGCGGUGGGCUCCCCUCCAGCGGUCCCGGCGCACGACGCGCGCCCUCCCCUCCGGUGUAGCCCGAAACCGCUGGGGACGCCGAGCAGGGCUUGUGCCUUCAGAGCCCAUCUCGCGGCUCCUGGUGGCUUCGGUUCCUUCUGCUGCUGGUGGCCUUUGAGAGCAUCUGCUCUUCUGCCCAUUUUUUAGUUGGGUCGUUUCUUAUUGCCGAGUUGUUAGACUUCUUGGGUUUGGGGGGUUUGAGUCCUUUGCGAAUGCUUUUUAUCAGCCUGUCCGUUCCUUCUCUUGACCGUGCCUUUGCAGAGGAGCGAUUUUGAUGUUGAGGAGGCCCCCUUACAACGUUUCUCCCGCAGAUCGCGCUUCUGGGACUGCUUCUAAGGGGUCAUCGCCAAACCCAAGGGCCCCUACCUCAGUUUUCUCCUGUUGUCUUCCAGAAGUUUCAGAUUUGCAUUGUACAUUGAGGCCUGUGUCCUGGCUUCAAACUCCUAAAGAUGGGAAUUCUUCCUCCAAACACUCCUCUGUCGAGUGACUGUGGGUGCCGGCUGGGGGCUGAGGACACCCUGCGCCCCUCGGGCCUGUCCUGGUGGCGGGAGGGAGGCUGGACCUGAAAUCACAGGCCCUCAGAGAACGGGGUGCGCCCCCUGCCCCCCAGCCCUUCACAGGCUGAGAUUGGUAAACGGUGGAGCAGGCGGCGCGGAUGGGAAAACGGCGGGGCUGGGGCGUGGGGGUCUCUCCUCCUCCUGGGCUGCCGCGGAAGGGGGUCCCCACUCCACGCCCUUCCCGGCUGGGCACUCUAGGGGGCUCCUCGGCGGCCCGGGGCGGGAGGCAGGGAGGCCGAGGCCACAUGGCCCUGGUAGCAAGACCUGCUGCCCAGGCCUUCGAGGACGGACAGGCAGAGUGCCUCGCGCCCCAGGGUCCCCCACGGGGGACAGGGGCCGGGGUCGUAAGGGAGCCCGUGCCUGCCCCACAGGUUGGAGCCUGCUGACCGCACGCCCCCUGCACCCACAGAAGGGACCCCGGGGACAGCCACGAAGGACAGGCCGGCGGAAGCCGCCUUGAACGGUCCGGUCUGACGCCGCUGCUGCCGGACCACGCCGUCGGCUGCGUCCCUCAGUCAAGAAAACCACCUGGUGAUGCAAUUUCUUUCUUAAUUUAAUUUUAUUUUAAAAUAAAUGCUGCCAUUGGCAAAGCUGGCGGUUGGCUGCCGUCGCGCAGCCGCGGCCCGCGUCUUUCCCACCGGCCCUCAGCGCGGCCCCGCACGCAGCAAUAACGCGGUGGACGAGGACGUGGCUCGGAGGCGCCGUUCUCCUGGUUCCGUGAUAGACGCAGAAGAGCUGCGUGUUUUGCACUUUGUACCCUGCCAGGGGCGGGCAUCCUUCCCACCCCGCGGACGACCGAGGAGCGAGACCCCAACCCGCCCGCGCCCCCGCGUCGCAGCCCCCAGGAGGGGCCUGGCUGCCACACGCCCCGGAAGCUGCCACUGAAUCCGGCUUCUCCGGUCGACUGCCUUAAAUCGGAGCCUGGUGGAGCCCGGGGCAGGCGCCGACCGCAGGAGUCGGGGAGGCGCCAGCGUGCCAGCCCUGUCCUGGGGGGGCCGGAGGAUGCCACUAGGUCGAGACCGUUUUUAACGCUGAUAUUCUGACAGGGCUUCACCCCCCCCCCUUUCCCAAUAAACUGGUCGUUUUAUUGA